UCUUACAGGAAGUAGGGCCAAAGAGAGUGCUCCGGGGCGUGUGCAGAGUGUUUCCUGGAGGGCCGAGGAUGAUCUCGGAGGUGUUCGUGCUCUCCUCGCAAGGGGACCGGCUCCUCUACAAGGACUUCCGCGGGGAGGGACACCCCGGCCUCGUGGAGGACUUCUUCCGGAAGGUGACGGCGCUGCCUCCUGACCAGGCCCCGGUCUUCAUGGAGGCUUGCCCCCCGGGGCUCCACUUCGCGCAUGUGCGUCACGGGGGGCUCUACUUCGUGGCCACCAUCCCUUCCAAAGCUUCGCCUUUUGCAGCACUGGAGUUCCUCAACAGAUUGGCGGCACUGCUUCGGGACUCCUGCGGGGCCCUGGACGAGAGGAGCGUCUCCCUCAACUUCGCCCUCCUCUACGAACUCUUGGAUGAACUACUGGACUACGGCUACGUCCAGAGCACGGCCCCCGAGGUGCUGCGGAACUUCCUGCAAGUGGAGCCGGUCCUGGGCCCACGCUUCAGCCUCCUGGACCUCAGCUCCGUGGGGCUGUGGGUCACAAACGAUAGAGGUGUGGACCAGAUCGCCGCGCGACAAAUAGUGUCCAAGGGAACUCCCCUCCAGAACGCGGCCGACGUGGCUACUGCCCUCGUGGAGUGGCCUCUCACCGGCAAGGGCAAGUCCUUACCCGCCAUGCGGUAG